AUGACGACGGCGCCACCACCAACGCCGCCACCACUCGAACUAAAAACCUACUGGUGCCACGAAUGCGACAUGAGCGUCUCUCUCACUUCCUCUCCAUCUCCCUCUCCUCUCCUCUGUCCUCAAUGCCACACCCAUUUCCUCGAACUCAUGGACUCACCUUUCUCCCAAAACGACGCCGAUUCGUUCCUCCCUUCUUCUUCCCUCUUCGACGUCCUUUUCCAAGACGCGCUUUUACUACUCUCACCCCCUAAAACUCGCACCGAAACGAUCAUUCCUAUAUUAACCGUUACACCGACGCUUCUUUCUUUACUCGAUCCAAACGGUGUCGUUUUAUGUGCGGUUUGUAAAGAUGCUAUUUCCGUUGACGAAGAAGCGAAGCAGCUUCCGUGUGAUCAUCUAUAUCACGCUGAUUGUAUUACUCCCUGGCUUCGUCUUCGAUCUUCGUGUCCUCUUUGUCGAUUCAGAAUCUCAGAGCAAGAAGAAGAAGAUGAAAACGACGAAGAAGACGAUGAUGAAGAUGUUAAUGGUGCUGAUAUGAUGAGGGAGAUGAUGACGCGGAUGGCGGAGUUGUCGGAAGAUGAUUUCUAUGGUCUGAGAAUAACUCUCAACCACAUUGCUUCCCGUCAUGCUCUUCUUCAUUCUAAUGCUUCAGGCGGCGGUGAUAAUCAUGAUGCUAGUAGUGAAGUUGGUGGAGAUGUAGAUGGAGAAUCUUGA